AUGUUCCUUCUUCUGGUCCUUCUCACCGGACUUGGAGAGCUGCACGCAGAUCCCGGUCCUCAUACAACAUUUCUGCAGACCACAGUUCCAGAGAAGUUCUCAUCAUUUGAUACAGAAGGAAAUCCAGAAAAUAAUAUAUGUCUCUGCUCCUCCUCUCUCGUCUCCUACAUUCUAUUCCAGAGGCAUGCCAUUGCUUAUGUGGAUAAGCAAAGUGCAAUGAUUGCUUAUAUCAUUACAAUAAAAGGAAAGCCAUAUUUUGUCCAUCUCACAAAACAAUUAUUUUUAUCUUCAGUUUCUGUUGUUUACUUUUAUGACAACGAUGACAUCCAACAUUCUCAGCCUUUGUUAGCGCAGGUGGAUUGCAGUUACCAUGGAUAUGUUGCAGGAUUUCCACAUUCUCUUGUGUCACUCCAUACUUGUUCAGGACUCAGGGGAACAUUACAGCUUAAAAACAUCUCAUAUGGAAUUGAACCAAUGGAGGCUGUAUCAGGAUUUGUGCACAUGAUUUAUGAAGAAAAAUAUGACAUUGUUGUACCUCUCUUAGGAGAAACUAAGACUUACAGCUAUAAUAACAUAUAUUAUCAUAUCAGGAAAAGUUCAGAAAGAACUGAAUUUUUCAAGUUACAUCCUCAAUAUCUUGAAAUAUAUAUUGUUGUGGAUAAAAUUCUGUUUGAUUACAUGGGCUCUGAUGUAAAGGCUGUAACACGGAAGAUUAUCCAGAUAAUUGGUUUUGUUAACACUAUGUUUUCCCAGUUAAAACUGACUGUUGUAAUAUCUUCUAUAGAAAUCUGGUCAAAUAAAAACAAAAUUUCUACUACAGGGAAUCCGAACAAUAUAUUAUCUAGAUUUUUAGAAUGGAAAUACAAACAUAUCUUCCGACCUCAUCAGGUUGCAUACUUAUUUGCCUUCAAGAAACAUCCUAGUUUUUUAGGAGCCACAUUUCCUGGAAAAAUAUGUAAUAAAAAUUUUGCAGUAGGAGUUGCUCUGUAUCCAGAGGGUUUAUCCUUGGAGUCAUACACUACCAGCAUCGUGCAGUUGCUUGGCUUUAAUCUAGGAUUGAGUUACGAUGAUCCUGACACUUGCUAUUGUUCAGGAGAUGUUUGCACAAUGUCACCUAAAGCAGUGCAGUCUGGGGGUGUAAAGGAGUUUAGCACCUGUAGUUUGGAUGACUUUAAAUACUUAGCUUCACAAUCUGGCUUUGAAUGUCUUCAGAAAAUCCUUCCUGAAAUGCCAGUUUAUAAAGAAGCACAAAGGAAAGUAUGCGGCAAUGGAAAAUUGGAACAUGGUGAAGAGUGUGAUUGUGGCAUUAUAGAGAAUUGUACACAUAAAGACUGCUGUGACGCUAGAAUAUGUCUAAUGAAAAAGGGUAAACAAUGUGGUUCUGGGGAAUGCUGUACACUAGAUUGCAAGCUAAAACCAGUUGGUAUACAGUGUAGGAAAUCUUUGGAUGAAUGCGAUUUCCCUGAGUAUUGCAAUGGGGUUUCCUCACACUGUGUGCCUGACACUUAUGCACGUGAUGGACAAAGUUGUGAUUCGGGUGAUGCCUACUGUUUUGGAGGACGAUGUCGGAUACAUAACAAACAGUGUAAAGAUUUGAUUGGAGGAGCUUCUAGAGGUGGUCCAUUUGCUUGUUAUGAUGAAGUAAAUACAAGAGGAGAUAGAUAUGGAAACUGUGGCCGAGAUUUUUGCAGUUAUCCUAAUCUUCUAUGUGGAAAAUUAGUUUGUGCCUGGCCACACAAAACAUUAAUAUCACGUGCAAAUUUAUCUGUGAUUUAUACACAUGUCCAAGACGAAAUAUGUGUAUCUACAUUUCGACCCAAUGAAAAGUUACCUAAAAAUUCAUGGACGACAUAUGAAAAUCCUGAAGAUAGAGAUGAUACAUUUGUACAAGAUGGCACUGUGUGUGGUCCUGAGAUGUAUUGUGUCAAAUUUGUGUGUGUAAAAGUUCAACACCAGAUAACAGAUGAGGAGUGCAACUCUACUUAUUGCAAUAGCCACGGAGUUUGCAAUAAUUUAAAUCAUUGCCAGUGUGAAAAGGGGUUUGAUCCUCCUACAUGCCUGCAGAAGAAGGGAGAAUUUGGAAGUAUUGAUGAUGGGCACAAGGCUCCAUCUGGAAAAAGCUACUUGAGCGAACAAAAUACCACUCCUUCAAAACACCGAUUACUACUCAUUUUCUACAUUUCUUUACCUGUGCUCAUCAUCACUGCCACUGUUUUAAUAAAACAGAAUAAAAUAAGGGAGCUGUGCUACAGAGAGGAAACUGAAAGUGAGAGAUCUGUGCCAGAAGAAAGCAGCAGUAACAGCAGGUUAUCCCCCAGUGUAAGUCUCAAUUUCCACCCUAUCUACUGCAAGUUGAAUCCAGAAGAGGCUCUGAAUCAGAGAGCAUUCAUCAAGUUUUAUAUAGUUUGGGACCUACAGAACCUGGAUCUUCCUCUUGACCAGCAACCUUGGCAGUGGUAUGCUGGAGCCAGUUCAUACCAGCUGGCAAGAAAUUUUGCUCUCAUUAAAAAAAAUAGACAAGUUUUGGUGAAGCCCAUCUGCAGAAGAUGCACUUACGACCCUCACGUCAUCCCGGAAUGCGUUUCCAAUCUCCGCGUUUUGAAAAAUAAAACUCAAGCCCGCGAGGGAAGCAGGAUAUUCCGGCGGGUACAUCCCCUGGACGGUCUCUCCGCGCAGCGUGCGGUGCGUGGGCGCCCUGGACUGCGACUGCGGCUGCGCGGGCGAGUCCGCCGAGAGGGCGGCGGUGGCCGAAGCAGACGCGCCCCGCCCUCCCCCCCGCCUCUCCUCAGACGGUUCGGACCCUAG